GACCGACGAAAUAAAAACUGGGUGAACACUACUGAGUUGGUGUGCAGUCAGCCUACAAGCUACUCUAAACUAUAACCCAGUCUCAGUCUUUUAAUAGUCCCUUCCCAGUGGCCUCUGAAAAUGAUGCUCUUUCUAGAAAUCUUUUGCACAUAUUUGAUGAUGAGUUUCACAUUAGCACUGUCACUACCAGCAAGUGAUGGUGGAGAUUUAACCAGCAGUGGCCCUUGUUCACUGAACUGUAGCAAUAUAAUAAAUAGCUCAACCAAUACAGGAGUACAAUACUCACUCUUAACUUCAAGUAGCUUUUAUACACCGGGUUAUCCCAUCAGAGUUAGUAUCCAAUCAACAGCUUGCUUAAAAGAUUACGAUCAGAGCCUGACGGUUGGCCCUUCCUGGUACAGAAUCGAGGCUCUUUAUGAUGAUGAGGAUGAAGACUCAGAGAGAGAAGCACUGGGAUCCUUUACAAUAGCAGAAAACAUGGAAGAAGCCAGCCACUGCAGCAAGAGUGUUGUAUUUCAAAGCAUCAAACCAUCAUUACUGGACUUGCCUGCAAGCUUCUACUGGACACCCGAAAGGUAUUCGCAUUGCAACGAAGAGACCAAGAAGCCUGUUUGCUUCAGGGCAACAGUUCAGCAUCACGGUGACCCACACUGCCAGACCACUGAAAUAUGCGUCCAAUUGACCAACGAUACAAUCAACUGUCCAGAGAUCCCUUCAGUUAGCCCGACUAGCACUGUUCCCAGUAAUAUUACAUCAGUGACUCCAUCAGUCACUCCCACACCAAGUCAAGACAGAAUUGAUCAAUGUAUGAAACGUUGGGGCUGUGAGAGUGCUCGGCCCAAUGAGUUCUGUGGGAGCAAUGGAAUGACCUUUCAAAGUCGCUGUCUUUGGAGAAGAUACAAGUGCAUACACCAGGUUGACAUCACAAUAACUAGGGGAGCUUGCCCAACAUCAUCAUCUACUCCAAGUCCUACUCCCACUCCUACUCCCACUCCUACACCGGUACCGAUUGUCACCCCACAGUGCAAAAGGAUAUACGAUAUUGUUAAAAACAUCAAAAACGAGUGGCAUCCACAGUGCACUAAGAAGGGAACUGCCAAGCCAGUUCAGUGUCAUAGAAAACCCAACGGUCUGCUGGAGUGCUGGUGCUCAAGGGAGAAUCUCUCGGAAAAGAGUGGGACAAGGAAAAACAUCGCCGACUGCAACUCACCAAUUGAUUUGGAUUGCUGGGAGUUCUAGACAAAGAUACUUAUCCUUUUUUGGAUGAAAACUAGUCAUCAUCAACAACAACAACAACAACAUUGCUAUUAUUAUUAUUAUUGUUAUUAUUAUUGUUUUAUAUUUAGCAUUAAUUUUAUGUAUCGCUUAUCUACUGACUCAAUCUGUAUACUAGAACCUUCUAUCUCUCUCACUCAAUACAUGUAGCAUUAUUAUUAUUAUUAUUAUUAUUUUUCAUUAUUAUUAUUAUUAUUAUAGUUUGGCAAGUACAUAUGUAACAUACUAUAA